UCAUGUGGAGAAUGGAUUAUACCUGGAGUCGGUUCUUCCUCUUCCCAGACCAAGCCUUUCCUUCCUCUUCCCUGAGAACUUGACCUCACAGGGCGCUUCCUUUCACCUCCCAGAUGGAAAUCCCACAAAGCGAACAGAGAGAGGAAGACUGUAGUCUGCCUUUGCGUCACUUGAAUGAGUUGUUUUCCUUGAUUGAAUGGGCUUACCAGCUUCAUCAUAGCAUGGAUUUAAAAAUAGUGUCAUGGCUCUUUUGUCCACACUCUUGCAUUGAAAAUGUUAAUAUUUGUAACAAACUAAUCAUAUAGGAUCUGGCCCGAGCUGGACAUUAGUCCACACACACAUACUACAAUCGCGUUGAUGGCUAAUCUCAAGUGUUGGGUGGCACGUCGCAGGGAUAGAAAUGAAGCGAUAAGGCAGAUGGGGCUUCCCUUGUGUGACCUGUUCCCCAUGUGACCUGAGUCAAUACUACAGAUAGCGGCCUAGGGUUCCAGGCUUUGGUAAAUAAAGCCGGUGCUCGUUCACAUGGCCCUGUAGCCCCGGGCUGCGUGGACUCUCCUCUGAGAGAGUCGCCCUAUGUCAUAUGAGUCGCGCCGUUCAAGUAAUCUUUGCUGGAAUGACGUUUUAAUCUGUUUUUCCAUCUUAAAUUUGCCUAAAGAUUUGAAUCACCAGCAUAAGAAAUUAAGUCAUUGGCUCAAAUUUGAUAUUUACUUACUGGGUUAGAAUAUGGUGAAUGGCAUGGACACAGUCAUAUGUCUUGGAGAGUCUUCUCAUGUGUCUGUAUGAGAAUAGUGACAUGGGAAAGUCCGCUUUUUUGUUUUUGCCAACUAGGUGAGGGAACGCGCUCACACUGACUUGUUAGACGGUGGCAGUUCACAUAGUGGCCCCAACCUCUUGACCAAUCACGUAGCUCUAAUAUAUUUAAGGAGGGGUGUGUGUGUGUGUGUGUGUGUGUGUUGGGACCCCCUGGGGGUGAAAGGGGGAGGUCUUGAGGAAAUGACCCGUAGUACUUUAACUAGGAAUCAAUCCAUGCAUGCACUCUUGACCUGAGUGCUCCCCAGUGUGCUGCAACACUCUCCUGAAGACACUGACAAUAAAUACAAAGCAUUCACUUGGAGACUUUAAGCCCUCACAGCUCUGUGCAAUGGAUAUCCUCCCAUCUACGUUUUAGGUCGUAACUUCACAUUGGAUUUUGGGUACCCAAAAGGUCAGAGGUGGCGGGCCCAAGCCUGAGAGCAACCUGAGCCACCCUGAAAACUCCAAAAGGUCCUGACCUGGCAUUGAGAGCGAUGACCCCGUCCUAACAGGUUUUUAUAGGUGCUUGCAUCAGCUAGCAGAGCAUGGCUUUACCCAUGGCUCUGCAAACUAUCACCGCAGUUCAAGUCCUGUCCCUAGUGGCCAUAUGCAGCGCGGUGGGGAAGAGCGAUCGCGUCAACUUCUACAACAUAAAACCACCAGUUCAGGCCACACCAUUCCCCAAUAGUUUUAAGUGCUUCACCUGUGAGCGAGCGCGGGACAACUACAACUGUAACAUCUGGGCUGAGGACAAGUGGUGUUCAGAAGACACUCAGUUCUGUAUGUCAGUACACCACUUCCACUCCACUCAUGGAAAAACCAAGUUUGUGACAAAGAGAUGCGCUGCACAAGAGGAGUGCCGCCAGUCGGGCUGCAGGCACCACAAGGAGACAGGGCACACGGAGUGCGUGUCUUGCUGCGAGGGAAUGAUCUGCAACGUCGAGGUUCCCACCAAUCACACCAACGCCGUGUUCUCCCUGAGAGCAAUAGCGCUCGGAUCGGCGCCGUGCCAGACGACCCCUCCCUGGAAGACCCUGGUUCUAACCCUCGGGUUGUGUGGACAGUUCAUAUUGUGACCCUGUGGCAGCCUGGAACUUGGCAGGGGAUCUUGUCUGGGGAGAGAGCCAGCAGACGCACCAAAACGAACCUUCCAUUGAUUCGAUAUGGCAGCGUUUCCCAGGCAAAUGCCAAAGAUGACGGAGAGUUCAUUAAAACGUGACGCUCGAUGUCCGGGGUCGAGCCGGCUCCUCCAGCCGAAACACAAAAGGGAGAUAGAACUCACACUACUGCUCAUUCACCCGAAUGGCCAGACCUUUGCCACGCGUCGCCUGCACGGCCCGUUCAGAAAUGGGUCCGUCACCGGAUGUCCUCCCACGCAUUUGCUACCAUAACGCUGCCAUAUUGUUCUGAAUGAAACUGCAAAGUAUAAUUUGGAUCGAAAUCGUCUUUGAGGAAUCCGAAGAUCUGGCCAAGGUGGAAGUUAUUCAACAUGAAGUUGGAAGACAAUGGACUCUUUCUGGAUGCAGUUGGUUGUGUACGCCUACACAAUGGCAACAUGGCCAAGCCAAGCCUUUUAAGCAAGCUUGAUAGAACAGUGAAUGGAGUGUUUCUUAAGACCCUGGCUAGAAGGCUGCCCAACAAUGCUGCCAGCAGGUUUGGGGGUUUUAGGCAUCCCCAAAACAAUCUCUGGGAUUAUUAACGUUCCGGGGAAUGUUAAUGAUAUGUUUUUCUUUAUGGAAUUACAGACCACUUUAAACAUUCAUUAUGCCGGACAUGAAAUAACACGUGGCCAUGGAGAGACAGUGUUUUCUGUGUGACCCAGUGAAUUUGGCACUUAUGAUGUUAUGCCAGAUAGUUUUAUACAUACAGUGUAUAUAAUUGAACAUAUUUGCACUUUUCGUUCGGAACAUUGUAUAUUUGAAGUAGGUCUAUCAGACCUUUUUGUAAGGAAUAUAAAUACAAUUGAUUAAUAAACUGUGUGAUGUGUUUCUUAAUAUACUAUACUUAAAAGUAAUGAUAAUGUACAAUGAGUUGGAUAAUGGUUAAUAUUCUUUAAGAAAAUAACAGAUGAUUGGAAAACGUGCAGAGUAAAACAACUCAGUAUUGUCAAUUGUAGAAUAGAUGGUCUGAAAAACCUGGGUGAAACAAUGUGCUUUGAGUUAAUUGGGCUAAACAAUUGAAUAGGAAAAAACUUGAACAUUUGUUGACCAACGCCUGCAAUCUAAAUGGGAUAUAAGAAGUUUGUUUUUAUAUGGAUCAAGCACUGUGCCAUUUCAAAUCCACAGCAACAUCAUAGUUCAAAACUCGCCCAACUCCUGUCAUCUAUCUCUAUCCAUCUCCUUUUCCGGCUCUGUCCUAAUCAGCCCAGUAAAUAAAGCUUAUUGCAUUGGUGCUUU